UAUAUUGCUAUUGCUAUUAUAACUCGUGUUGAAGGGUGGUAAGCAAUAUCAAGUUUCGGACAGAGCAACAGCCAUGGGGACAACAACAGGACUCGUUCUGUAUCUGCUGCUAGCUUUCUCUGUUGCUGUUGUCUCUGUCUUGUUUAUUCCAGCACCAGAGAGUCACCUCCUUGCUCUUCAUGGCUCUCAGAUCAAAGUUUGGCCUGACUUGGAGCUGAAUUGGAGGGUUGUGGUGGCCACGGUGAUCGGAUUUUUAGGCUCGGGUUUCGGGACAGUUGGAGGAGUUGGAGGGGGAGGCAUUUUCGUUCCCAUGCUUAAUUUGAUUGUUGGAUUUGAUACUAAGUCUGCUGCUGCUCUUUCCAAGUGCAUGAUAAUGGGAGCAUCAGGUGCUUCAGUUUGGUACAACUUAAGGGUGCAGCAUCCCUGUAGGGAAGUAGCCAUCAUAGACUAUGAUUUGGCCCUUCUCUUCCAGCCUAUGCUCAUGCUAGGCAUUACCCUCGGCGUCUCUCUUAGCGUGGUCUUCCCUUACUGGCUCAUCACUAUACUAAUCAUUGUUCUCUUCUUGGGGACAUCUUCAAGGUCAUUCUUUAAGGCAAUUAAGCUGUGGAAGGAAGAGUCACUUCUGAAGAAAGAAAUGACAAAGCAACAAGGGAUGAUUAUUUCUCGUGUUGAACUUUUGGUUGAUACAGUAUAUGAGCCAUUGGUUGAAAAAGAGGAGAAAACAGCACUGCAAAUCAUUGUGUCCAACCUAAAGUGGAAAAGAAUUCUGGCUCUACUUGUUCUGUGGGUUUCUUUCCUAUUUCUUCAGAUCAUCAAGAAUGGUUUAGUAGUUUGUAGCACAUGGUACUGGGUGCUCAAUUUGUUACAGUUACCUUUUGCUUUUGGAGUAUUUGGAUAUGAAUGUUGUAAACUUCACAAAGAAUGCCUAGAGAGGAAAAAUGCAGGGAAUUUAGAAUCAGUAUGUGAGGCUUCAAUAGAAUGGACUGCGCCAAACCUAGCAUUCUGUGCAUUAUGUGGCAUAUUGGGAGGCACUGUAGGAGGUCUACUCGGUUCUGGUGGGGGAUUCAUUCUUGGUCCUCUUUUACUGGAGAUUGGUGUCAUCCCCGAGGUGGCUAGUGCAACAGCAACAUUUGUGAUGAUGUUCUCUUCAUCCUUGUCUGUGGUGGAGUUCUACCUACUCGAUAGAUUUCCUAUUCCUUACGCUAUGUACCUCAUGUUCGUAUCUGUCUUGGCUGGCUUCUGGGGACAAUUUUUUGUAAGGAAACUCAUCGCAAUUUUGAGGAGGGCAUCAAUCAUUGUGUUUAUCCUCUCUGCUGUCAUAUUUUCCAGUGCUUUAACUAUGGGUGUCAUUGGAAUUGAAAAAAGUAUAGAAAUGAUACAAGGCCACGAGUUCAUGGGUUUUUUACCAUUCUGUACCAGUCAAUAAUACCAGUUUACGUCGACUGAAGAUGCCAAAGCUGUAUAGGCUAUAGCUCAAGACCAUAGAAAUUAUCUGCAGCAUUGGUUUUUCUAUACAUAACAAUAGUGAAGGGAGUUUGUCAAUUAGUCAUUGACCUACCAACCAACACAGCUUUACAAUAAAAGGAAGGUGAACUUCGGACUUCGUUGCAAUAUGACAUGGUUUAAUGACUUUGACGAGGACGAAUAUUGCAAGAAAACAUGACGAAUAAGUAAAAUGAGUAUUUAUUCAAGUGGGUUAGAAUU